CGGCUGCGCGGCGGCACACGUGCGGCGGCCGCGAUGAAGUUCGCGUACCGGUUUUCAAAUUUGCUGGGGACAGUGUAUCGGUGUGGAAACUUGAAUUUUACGUGUGAUGGAAAUUCACUGAUCAGCCCUGUGGGAAACAGAGUCACUGUGUUCGACCUUAAAAACAACAAAUCCAACACUCUGCCCUUGGCUACGCGGUACAACGUCAAGUGCGUAGGGCUGUCCCCAGACGGCCGCCUGGCCAUCAUCGUCGAUGAAGGGGGGGAUGCGCUGCUGGUCAGCCUGGUGUGCAGGUCCGUGCUGCACCACUUCCACUUCAAGGGCUCGGUGCACAGCGUGUCCUUCUCUCCGGAUGGCAGGAAGUUCGUUGUCACGAAAGGCAACGUCGCUCAGAUGUACCACGCCCCUGGGAGGAAGCGGGAAUUCAAUGCCUUCGUCCUGGACAAAACUUACUUUGGGCCCUACGACGAGACCACGUGCAUCGAUUGGACAGAUGACUCCAGGUGCUUUGCCGUCGGGAGCAAGGACAUGUCCACGUGGGUGUUUGGAGCCGAGCGCUGGGACAACCUCAUCUACUACGCGCUGGGGGGACACAAGGACGCGAUCGUGGCCUGCUUCUUUGAGUCCAACAGUCUGGACCUCUACACCCUCAGCCAGGACGGCGCCCUGUGUGUGUGGCAGUGUGACACCCCCCCCGAGGGCCUGCGGCUGAAAGCGCCCACGGGCUGGAGGGCAGAGCUGCUGCAGGGCGCGGAGGAGGAGGACGACGAGGAGGGGGAGGAGGAGAGCACCAUCCGGGGAAAGGUGGCGCCGGCGGCCGAGGAGCAGCAGGGGAAAGUGAAGUACUCGCGGCUGGCCAAGUACUUUUUCAACAAAGAGGGAGAUUUUAACAAGCUGACAGCCGCUGCGUACCACAAGACGACCCACCUCUUGGUCACCGGCUUCGCCUCUGGCGUCUUCCACCUGCACGAGCUCCCCGAGUUUAACCUCAUCCACUCCCUGAGCGUCUCUGACCAGAGGAUCGCGUCCAUCGCUAUCAACGGCUCCGGGGACUGGGUCGCCUUCGGCUGCUCAGGCCUGGGCCAGCUGCUGGUGUGGGAGUGGCAGAGCGAGUCCUACGUGCUCAAGCAGCAAGGCCACUUCAGCAGCAUGGUGGCCCUGGCCUAUUCCCCCGACGGGCAGUACCUCGCCACCGGCGGUGAUGACGGCAAGGUCAAGGUGUGGAACACCCUCAGUGGUUUCUGCUUCAUCACUUUCACGGAGCACUCGAGCGGGGUCACCGGUGUGACCUUCACGGCCACUGGCUACGUCAUUGUGACCUCUUCCAUGGACGGGACUGUGCGUGCUUUCGACCUUCACAGGUACCGGAACUUCCGCACCUUCACGUCCCCGCGGCCCACCCAGUUCUCUUGUGUGGCCGUGGACUGCAGCGGGGAGGUCGUGUCCGCCGGGGCCCAGGACUCCUUCGAGGUCUUCAUCUGGUCCAUGCAGACAGGCAGGCUCCUGGACGUCCUGUCUGGUCACGAGGGCCCCAUCAGCGGUCUGUGCUUUAACCCGGUGAAGUCGGUCCUGGCCAGUGCCUCCUGGGACAGGACGGUGCGCCUGUGGGACAUGGCAGACAGCUGGAGGACCACAGAGACGCUGGGCCUGACCUCGGAUGCUCUGGCCGUGACCUUUCGCCCUGACGGCGCGGAGCUGGCUGUGGCCACCCUGAACUCCCAGAUCACCUUCUGGGACCCUGAGAACGCCGUGCAGACGGGCUCCAUCGAGGGCAGGCAUGACCUCAGGACGGGCAGAAAGGAGCUGGACAAGGUCACGGCCAAGCACUCGGCCAAGGGGAAGGCCUUCACCACGCUGUGCUACUCCGCGGACGGCCGGAGCGUGCUGGCGGGUGGGAUGUCCAAGUUCGUGUGUAUCUACCACGUCAAGGAGCAGAUCCUCAGGAAGAAGUUCGAGAUCUCCUGCAACCUCUCCCUGGACGCCAUGGAGGAGUUUCUAAACCGAAGGAAAAUGACAGAGUUUGGCAACCUGGCGCUGAUCGACCAGGACGCCGGGGUGGAGGAUGGAGUCGCGGUGCCCCUGCCGGGCGUGAAGAAAGGUGACAUGAGCUCUCGGCACUUCAAGCCUGAAAUCAGGGUGACUUCCCUUCGCUUCUCUCCCACUGGGCGCUGCUGGGCAGCCACCACCACCGAGGGACUCCUCGUCUACUCCCUGGACACGCAGAUGCUGUUUGACCCGUUCGAGCUGGACACCGGUGUCACCCCCGCGCGCAUCCGGGCGGCCCUGCGCCAGCAGGACUACACCAGGGCCAUCCUCAUGGCCUUCCGGCUCAACGAGAGGAAGCUGCUGCAGGAGGCGCUGGAGUCGGUGCCCUGGGACGAGGUCGAAGUGGUCAGCUCCUCGCUUCCGGAGUUGUACGUGGAGAGAGUGCUGGAGUUCUUGGCUUCAUCCUUCGAAGUGUCUUGCCACCUGGAGUUCUACCUCAUAUGGACGCAGAAGUUGCUCCUGGUGCACGGGCAGAAGUUGAAGGCCAGGGCGGGGAAGGUGCUGCCAGCCGUUCAGUUCCUCCAGAAGAGUAUCCAGCGGCACUUGGACAACGUCUCCAGGCUCUGUGACUGGAACCGGUAUAACAUCCAGUACGCCCUGGCGGUGUCCAAGCAGCGCGGCCUGAAACGCCCCUCAGAGCCGUCGGGGAGCGAUGAUGAAGCAGACGCGUCUGAUGAUGACACUCUGCACCUGCUUGGCGUGCGACACGGGGACGGGGACAGGCAGCUGGUGUAG